UCGCAAAUAAGGCAACUUUCCAAUUCGAAAUUUGUCCAACUUCUGUACACUAUAUUGAAGCUCGAAAGGUUCGUACUCAAAAGCUAAAUAUUUGAAAUGUUAACUAAGUACUGUUGAUCGAGGAAAAACGUAGGCUACAUUCUGAAAGCGUAUUUGAUGCUGCAAAAGUUCCGACGACAAAAUCUUCUUCAUUCAUACUGUUUGAGUUACAUAAAUAGUUCUAUCGCCGCUGAAUCGAUCGAAUAUUCGAGUUUGCGUGUUAGCGGAAACGUCGUGCGACUUCGUAGAUUUCAGCGUCCGACGUGAUCUCAUACAUUGCGGUUGACAUUUCAUCACAACGAAUCGACUUUCUCGAACACCCCUGGAUCGAAAACGUUUCUAGGCAGAAACAGCUGUGCCCGUGAAACACUUAGAAAAGCUAAUAUUGUCAAGGCUGUUAUCAACUUGAACAGGACUCUGACAGAGAUACAUUCUAGAAUACGAGAGACAAAAUGCCAUCGGUUCGCCGGAUGAUCCUUGGACACGUCAUGUCCGGUCUGUGCACCAAAAUGAACCGCACUAAAAAGCUCGAAGGUGAUUUACUCGAGACACCAAUGAAAAGAUGCCUUUCCACGUUCGACAUCACGUUGCUCGGCGUGGGUCAUAUGGUAGGCGCUGGCAUUUACGUGUUGACAGGAGCAGUAGCCCACGACACGGCCGGGCCGGGUGUAAUUUUAAGUUUUCUAUUCGCUGGUAUAGCUUCCCUGUUAGCGGCGCUAUGCUACGCGGAAUUCGGAGCGCGAGUUCCGAAAGCUGGAAGCGCUUACGUGUACACUUACAUAUCCGUCGGUGAAUUUUGGGCUUUCGUCAUCGGAUGGAACAUCAUAUUGGAGCAUAUGAUCGGCGCGGCAUCCGUGGCUAGGGCUUGGAGCGGAUACGUCGACUCCUUGGUAGGAGGAUCAAUCAGCAAUUACACUCGACACGUGAUGCACGGCUACACCAUGGGUGAGCCGCUAGGGAAUUUCCCUGAUUUUCUGGCCGGUGGUUUGUGCCUGGCGUACGCUAUGCUGCUCGCCUUGGGCGUCAAGUGCUCCGCGACGGUGAACUCUUUGCUGACUAUCGUCAACCUCGGUGUAAUGGCAUUGGUGAUCGGUUUGGGCAUCACGUAUGCGAACGUUUCGAACUGGAGCACCGAGAACGGAGGAUUUUUACCGUUCGGUUUUGGUGGAGUGCUAGCAGGAGCGGCCACGUGUUUCUAUGCUUUCGUGGGCUUCGAUUCGAUUGCAACUUCCGGCGAAGAGGCACGCGACCCCGGCUACAGCAUACCGCGAGCGACCAUGUACUCCAUGGCGAUCGUUACGAUCGGGUACGUGAUGGUUGGGGCUGCUCUGACUUUAGUCGUGCCGUAUUGGAACAUUAAUCCGACGGCGGCACUUCCGGAAGCUUUCUCGUCGAGAGGAAUCCCAUGGGCGAAAUACGUGAUAAGCGUCGGAGCUCUGUGCGGAAUGACAACAACUCUUUUCGGAUCUCUGUUCUCUCUGCCGCGAACGAUGUACGCGAUGGCGAACGACGGUCUGCUCUUCGGCUUCCUCGGCCACGUAAGCGAACGCACGCAGGUCCCGGUUCUGAAUCUGGCCAUCAGCGGUUCCGUCAGUGCCUUAAUCGCUCUGCUGUUCGAUCUCGAGCAUCUGGUCGAAUUCAUGUCGAUCGGUACCUUCUUGGCCUACACUAUCGUUUCAGCUAGUGUAAUUAUAUUGAGAUACCGGCCGGAGAAGAAGACACCACCUCCCUCGAACGCGGGCACUCCGAGCAGCGUGACGUCCCCGCCUACCGAAAGCGCUGACUCCAACAGCGACUGCAACAGCGUUACAUCCGCUGAAUCCGAGUUGUUGAACUCGAGCGACAGCGCGGGCGUGUUGAAGCCGCAGUACGCUUGGCUAGCCAACAUUUUGGGCAACUGCAAGCCUGGCAACGCGGUGGACGGUUGCGUGAUGAUCUACACGAUCGGAUGCGUCGUUCUAUGCGCGUUCAUAAUACUGAUCUCUCAAACGCGCACCACCGCGUGGAGUAUCGCGGACUAUUUUAUCGUGGCGAAUGUCGUUCUCCUGUUAAUCGAAAGUUUGCUCAUUAUCGGUGCGCAUCAACAAAAUCAUCCCACUGGCAAAUUCCGAGUGCCCCUGGUACCCCUCGUGCCUGCGCUAAGUAUUCUCUUCAACGUGGGAUUAAUGUUCCACUUGUCUCUUCUAACUUGGCUACGAUUUCUCGUGUGGAUGACCGUCGGAAUGCUGAUUUACUUUUUGUAUGGAAUCCACUAUAGCAAAGAAUCUGGCAGCCCGAAUUCGUAUUCGAUUCUCAUGGCGACAUCGGAAGCCGGAAGGGGCGCGAAAUGGGGCGCGACUUUGCGUGUCAACCAGAAAAGCGAUAAACUUCCGAUUUUAAAUAACGAGGAGUUUGUUCGCUAGUAAUGCAUGGGAUGCAGCAAAACUGUAUAAAGAUACGUAUCAUUUUCUUUGUCGGCGCUUAAAUAUUCGUUGAUUCAAAAUGGUAACAAGGAGAGAGAAAGAGAGAGAGAAUGAAUGUGUGUCUGUGUAAAUGCCUGUGUGUGUAUCAGGGAAUCCUUGUAUGCGUAUCUUUGUUUCCGACAUUUACUUAGCAGAAUUAGUUUUUCAAAGCGAAACAAAGCGAGUCGAGUCUUGUUUAUAUUUUCGUUACGCACAAAUUUGUACAUUCUCCUUUGAAAUAUAUUUUACAGGCGCGCGCGCGCGGACCGUGUUUCUUGGUUCCAUAUUUUCAUACGUAAAUAAGAGUGAAAGUUUACGAGACAAUACAUACAUAUACGUAUAGUACAAUAGCGGAGUUCAGACGAUUCUAAGCGAUCGUGUUACGUUGCGGUCGAACUCUUGACGAACUAUUGACUGUUUUGAAAAUUUGGAGUAAUCGCAAUGGAACAGAAACGUAGAUCAUUCCCCAACAAAGGUGUACAUCCGUUGCAGCGUUGUCGACAAUACAGAAUGACUUUGGAAUUAAUCGAAACCAUUAACCUGUUCGCGGGAUGUCGAGUCAGCAUCGCGUUCUUACGAUUACUAGUAAUUUUCAUUGUUCCGUUGAGAAAGUAUACAAAUAUCGAUACGCGAAAGGUUGUUACCGUUAAAGUACUGUAGA